GAAUGGCAGCGUCCGUGAAGGUGGAAUUUCCGUGGAGUAAACAGCGAGUCCACGAGCUCAUCGGGCUGUACGAAGAGGAGGAGGUGCUCUGGAAUGUCAAAUGCAAGGAUUAUCACAACAAGAACCAGCGGCAAGCCGCCCUAGAGCGGCUGGCCGUCAAACUCAACGUCCCUGUGAACGAAGUAAAUAAGAAGCUGAUGAAUCUGAGGACCUACUACAGUAAAGAGCUGGCCAAGGUGAAGAAGUCGAGGCUGAUGGCGGGGGACAGCAGGGAAGUGUACCAAUCACAGUGGCCCUUCUUUGAUCACAUGAACCUCUUCCUCAGCGCACAGGUCGUGCCCAGGAAGGCCACCAUCUUUGAGCUGGCUGAAGAGAAUGGGGAUGCUGUUGAUGACAAGGGUAGUAAGCCCUAUAGAGAGGACUCAGACCUGGGGGCCAGCUCUGUGAUGAGCAGCAAACGGAAAGCUCCCAAUCACCUGGUCUCCCACAAGAAGUUUCGAGAGGGCCUGCUGCUCCAGGAGGCUGUCCAGGCAUACACGGCAGCCUCCCUGCCCACCACCCCUCUCCCGGCCCCGCACUUCGAUGACGAGGAUGACAUUUUUGGGAAGCACGUGGCCAACGAGCUGCGGCUCGUCAGCAACUUGAGAGCCAAGCAGUUCGCUAAGCUGCAGAUCCAGAACAUCCUCUUUGAAGCGCAGUUCGGCUACUCCCAGCCGCCCCACUUUGUGUCGAGCUUUGAGUCCCCCGAGGGUCCCUCUGACACGGAGAGUGCCCCCGAUCUCCCCCGAAAAUGCCUGUUGUCCCAAAAGGAGAAGAAUCUGUCCCGCCUGUGCAGGGAUAAAGACCCUACAGAUUGAUACUUCACCUGUGUGAAGGUUUUUAAUAAGCAACACUGAAAGAACCGUCCUACCUCAAGUGUAAGAGCAGGCGACGCUGAGCAUUCUCUUUAGCAGGUUAUUAUGAGAAGCCUUUGGCUGCAUUCACACUGGGUCUGUUUAGUUUGGAACAAUGUGUCAAUGUGCUUUGCUGUUCACAUUUAUCUGCGAGCAAAUGGACCGAGUUUUUUUAGAUGGAAGCUGAAGCUAAAGUUAAUUUGUUUGGUCCUUUUCCAACUUUUUUCAGGACCGAGUUCGUUUGUGUUCACAAUGCAGUUUGCAAGUGCACUCGGUUUGUUUAUAUGGUCUUUGAACCGGAUGUUUACAAUAUCCCUCAGCUAUUGAUUUAGAGCUCUGUUUUUUGUAAUAACUUCUUUUAGAUUCUUACAUGUUGCUGUGAAAGAAAGCACUGGGGGAGCACUUUUUAAUUAAUUUUGAUUAAUAAAUGUUUUGAGUGCCUGUAGUGCAGUAUUCAGUUACACAGUACUGCACGAUUGUUCUACUAUAGGCAUUAAGCUACGUCAUUUGAUAAAAGACUGAAUAUAUUUGAUUAUUUUUGUGAGCUUUGACCAGUUCGGCUUUGAUUUUCUGGAGCUUCAAUUUCUCGCACUGUUCAUGUAGUUUAGGGUUACCUCAUUUCCACAGUGAAAAUUUACAGGGAUGUGUGUUAUAGUUUACUGAGGCCGUUAAAAUAACAGUAUAUGAUAACACAAUCAUGAUUUAGAAAUUAAACAUUGGGUGCAUUUAUUGCAGAUCAUAACAACUCAGUGUUUUCUUCGCCAUCUGAUCAAAACAUGUUAAAUGUACAAAAAGCCAGAUUUAGAAAAAAAUGUAUGUAACUAUUGCCAGUUAAACCUGUGAUAUGCACAUAAUGAGAAUUAUCAAAUCAGUAUUCCAUGAGAUUUUUUGUUUUGUUUUGGAAUUGUGCUAACACAACCUAAUAUGUGUGCGGUUAACUUGCUGAGCACACGAUGCAGUUUGGUACUUUUAAAACAAAUGUGAAUACAAUAGCAAAACUGGGACAAGUAAAUUUUACUGUUUCAGACAGAAAUAACAAAUUAUCGCCCUAAACAGGGAUGAUCUGGUAACCCAAAUGUAGUUCCCCACGAGACAUUUAGAUUCUUGCUCAACAUGUUUCCUCAGAGUAUUAACUAAACUGCGCACAAAAUGUUUACUUCUGAUUUGGUGAAGGUUACCUUGUAUAGUUAGUUUCCUAAGUGCAAAAGGACAGAGUCCAGCUAUUUUUCACAUUUGAGAUUUAGCAAGGGAACCAGACUUUGUGCGUUUGCCAAACGGACCAAGGCCACCUCUUUAGAUAGACUCGGUACAGUUCGUUUCCCCAAGCAGACUUUGUAGUUCACACUUCAAACCAACCGUACUGAACCAUACCGAUUGUUGACCAAACCCUCUAAACAGACCCAGUGUGAACACAGACUUUUUUUAAUCUAGACUUGCUGCGCAUUGUCAUGCUAAAAGGGAGCGGUUUGUCGGUACAACUUUGAUGGCAUGACUGUACAUCCAGUUGCUGUAGUCUGAGCUGCAAGCUUGUAGUCCUUUAACCCUACUGGGGUUUAAAACUGUGCUGAAUAUUGAUUUUUCGAGGAUGAGUUUGAAUGCCUAAUUGGAACAUGUAAACCCCCACCCCCACCCCCAAAAUUAAAAGCAAAAGCUUGGUUAUACUAGGUCUGGUGUUGAUCAGUUCAGUGAAGCGUCUAGUUAAGUAAUUGAGAGCUCGGUUGGAAUGAAAACCAGCAGACAACAG